AUGGCUUUGAUCACAUUAACCUACGCAUUUGUUGGCAUUGCCAGCGCUGCCUGCUUGUAUAUGACCCUGCGCGCCAUCUAUCGCCUCACCCUGCAUCCUCUCGUGUCCUUUCCCGGGCCCAGACUGCGUGCCGUCUCCCAUCUUCCACAUGCUUUUUCGGGCUGGCGCGGCCGUCAGCCCUAUGACGUUCGCGACCUCCACAGAGAUUAUGGCCCAGUAGUUCGCAUCGCGCCCGACCUCCUCUCUUUCACCUCCCCAAGCGCCUGGCAAGACAUUUACGGCCAUCAGGCGGCCAAGAAUCUCGUCAAAUAUGGUUAUUUUCGCGUUCGGGAAGAUGCGCAGCCUAUGCUCACCAGCUUUGGUGCAGACCACGUACGGCAGCGCACAGCGUUCUCCCAUGGCUUUUCCGAUCGAGCCAUCAGCGAGCAGGAGCCGGCUCUCGCGCAGCACAUCGAACAGUUUCUCGCACAGCUACGCAAGUCUUCCAGAGAUCGCACCAUCGUGGACGUUGGUACCAUGCUGCGAUUCUUGUCCUUCGACAUUGUUGGCAAGUACGCAUUGAGCACUGACUUUGGCUGUCUAGAAAACAAUGCCUAUCAUCCGUGGGUGGCCUUGCUCUUGCUGUGGUUCCGCACAGUCACAUACGUACAGAAUGCCCUUGCAAUGGGGAUACUAGCACCAUUUCUUAUGCUUUUUGUGCCACGGCGUAUGCUAAACAGCGUCAAGGACCAUCUCCGUAUGAGUGCAGAAAAGGUCCAACAACGGCUCGCAGUUGGCGAUGACCCCAACAUCCGCGAUCUAUGGACCUACAUUCUCCAGAACAAGGGCGAAAAGGGAUUGACAACAGGAGAAAUGGAGGUCAAUGCUGCAGUUUUGCUCGUGGCAGGUACCGAUCCCAUUGCUGAUGCAAUCGCCGGUACCUUAUACUUUCUUGCGAUAAAUCCUGCCGCGAAGAAGAAGCUAUACGAUGAAAUAGACGGCGUCAUCACCUCGCAAGAGAACCAGAUCGUAACCAUGGCCUCGACAAAAAGGAUGCCAUACAUACAUGCUUGUCUCAACGAGGGGAUGCGGCUCUAUCCUCCAAUCCCAGGAGGCAUGAGACGCCAGGUUGCGGCUGGAAAGACAUCAACUGUAGCGGGAUAUUCACUUCCAGAAAAGACGGUGGUCAGCGUCUGGCAACUCCCGACAUUCACUCUUCCCCACCACUUUUCGUCCCACGACCAGUUCAUCCCUGAGCGUUGGCUCCCCGCUAAUCAUCCCGACCGCCCUGCAUACACGCUCCAUGAUCGUCAAGAGGCUUUUCAGCCUUUCAGCGUGGGUCCGAAAAACUGUCUUGGAAAGGGCCUCUCGUAUGCCGAGAUGAAGCUGAUCCUUGCCCAAUUUCUGUGGCACUUUGAGUUUGAACUAGCAGACAAUGCUUUCGAUAUCGAAAAACAGAAGAGUUACGUUUUUCGGGACCGGCCACCAUUGAGAGUAAAGUUAGUAGAGAGGUUCCUGUGA